AAACUUCUCUCUCUGCAAGGGAUUCCUGAUUUCUCAUUCUCAGGCAACUUCUCUUAGCAGGUCUGCUCCUCUAGUGUUAAAAUUUUACUAGUUAUUACUCGUUUUUUACUGGUUAUUGUGUAUAAAAUUUCGAAUUUAACUAGUAUAUAUAAUGGCACCCCCACCAUAUUCAGAUCUAGGAAGGAGGUCCCGUGAUGUCUUCGGUAAAGGCUAUCAUUUUGGCCUCAUAAAAUUGGACGUAAAGACCAAAACUGCAGCUGGAGUGGAAUUUAACACUAGCGGUUCGUCAAAUCAGGAAUCUGGUAAGGUCAGUGGGUCUCUAGAGACGAAAUACAAAGUGAAAGAGUAUGGUAUGACCUUCACCGAGAGGUGGAACACUGAUAACACUUUGACAACUGGAAUAGAAGUUAAGGAUCAGAUCGCCCAAGGCUUGAAAAUAGCCUUAGAGGGAAACUUCUCACCACAAACAGGAAGCAAAUCAGGCUCUUUGAAAACGGCUUUCCAAAAUGAUUUUGUCGCAUUGAACGCUGACGCAGACUUGAAUGUGAACGGUCCAAUCAUCCAAGCUUCUGCCGUUGUUGGUCACCAGGGCUGGUUGGCAGGUUACCAAACAGCUUUCGACACCGCAAAAUCAAAAUUGACAAAGAACAACUUCGCCCUCGGGUUUUCGACCGCAGAUUUUAUUCUUCAUACAAAUGUUGACGACGGCCAGGAGUUCAGUGGCGCCAUCUACCAAAAGAUCAACAACCGUCUGGAGACUGGCGUGAACCUAGCCUGGUCGGCUGGAAGCAACAAUACCAAAUUUGGCAUCGGCGCCAAAUACGACCUAGACUUGGACGCAAGCCUCAGGGCCAAGAUCAACAACCAGAGCCAGAUCGGACUCGGUUAUCAACAGAGACUGCGAGAUGGAAUAACAUUAACAUUGUCGGCCCUAAUCGACGGUAAGAACUUCAACAAUGGUGGUCACAAGAUUGGUCUCGCCUUAGAGUUGGAAGCAUAAAUCUCCUGAUUCCAUUUAAGAUAAAAUUUCACCUAUUUAAUGAAAAACUGUUAGAAUUCACGAAAAAGAUAAUAUGAGCCUGCUGUAUAUUGUAGAGAUGUUGUUCCGUUUAUCGAACAUAUUAGUAUUAAAAAAACAUUGUAUGGCAUGGACUUUUUCCUUUGUAUUUCAUUGACGGUUGAAAAUUUGGGAGUAUUUGUGGCUUAGGAUUCCAAUUUUUUGUUAUUCAUCUGGAUUGGAGUCCGUUUUGUCAACCUGUUUUGGCAGAUUUUAUUACUUGUCUAUAGUAAGCUGCAAUUAUUUGUCGUACAUGUAUUCCUUUACUUCUAUAUGUACAGUGAGAAAGUGUUAUCAAAAUACUGCAGUGUAUUGUACUGUAAGUGAAAAUAUAUGAUUUACAUUU